CAUGGAUGUAGUUCUCUGUGCGGGCCGGCCGAUCACUUCCUCCACAAUGGACCGGCAGGAUUUCUUUUUCUCCUUUUUACCUUUUUUUUAUCCUUUUCUUGUUUACACUUCGCGCUAGCACCCCAUAGGGUCCAGUCCGGUGUGCAGAUGGUUACUCAAUCUUCUCUGAUCAAGGUCCAGAUGCCAGCAAACAAAGUCUUGGCAAGGGCACAGCGUUUUCAUUUCGUUUCAGAUCUCUUGCUUUGGUCUCCACCUAAACCUUUAAAAUCGUUGUUCCCCAGGAGGCUACAUGUACUGCGAUCAUUCGUGUUCUACAGUUUGACCGCAAUUUGCUUGAACCAACAACCAACAAUAAUCCCUCGAACGGAAGGAUUCAGUAUGGCAAAUGACUCCAAGCCCUCUCGGAGUGCAGGACGCGGUGCUACCAAAGCAAAGUCUCAUACUAGCAGAUCGCGUGCUGGUUCGCCUUGUUCUGUUCGGUCGACAGUCUCUACGUCCAAGGCGGACCGUAAUACUCUGAAUCCAGUGGCGAAGCUACGCAAAGACCUGGGACAUUCUAUAACGAAAACCGCCCGGAAGAAAGAUUAUGAGGCGACACAUCGACAAUGUUUGGAUGUGAUGGACCAGAUUCAAGAAGAGUUUGAACUAGCUCUUGGGAAAAUGGACGACGAGCGAGCCCAUGGUUCCCAGUUGGUGCAGCGUCUGCACGUUGAAAAGGCCCAGGAAACUUCGAACCUACAGCAGGCUAUCGAAGCAAAAGACAAAGCCUUGGAGGAGAACCGGAGGCUUGAAAGAGAACUCUGCCAAAUCAAGCAGCAGCAGGACUCAUUUGACGCCACCAUGCAGAAUCAGGUCUCAUGGAACGAUAUUCAGCCGGUCUUGCGUCAGACGCACUGUGAGCUGGUAUCUGCGACCACUCGGCUCUGGAACACGAUCGAUGCCCUUCAGAAUCGUAGACCAGCGUCGUGCCUGCCUGGAUCUGAAGUAAUUCACGGAACUUGGCCCGACCAGGACGGCCCGCUGGGGAAUUUGGGUCACAAUGCCCUACCCGGAUUCUCCUCAUCGAGUAAUUACCCACUUGUUACUCAGCAGGUGCCAGCUCCAACCAACCACUAUGAAUCACUGGUGUGA